AUGCCUCCAAAUCGCAAGGAAAACCAGCAACUGAAGGAGCGAGCGUACCAAUUGGAGAUGCUGCAAGCUAGCCUUCAGCAAAACAUCAUUGUUGCGAUGGGUACUGGAACAGGGAAAACGCUCAUAGCGAUUCUUCGGAUCCGGGAAGCAUUGAAUAUGAGUCCAGAUAAGCUUGUAUGGUUUCUCUGUCCCACGAUUGCGCUAUGUAAGCAACAAGCCGAGGCUCUCCGGUCCCAUCUUCCCUCCAGUCGGGCUCGAUCAUUCACAGGCAAAGAUCAAGUAGACCGUUGGGGAGAAAAGGCCAUUUGGGAUGCCGCUCUGGCGGGUGUGCGAGUCGCGGUCUCGACCCACCAGGUACUCCUUGACGCCUUAACGCACGGGUUCGUAAAUAUGGGCCAGUUUUCGCUACUCGUAUUUGAUGAAGCUCAUCAUUGUACAAAGAACAGCCCGGCGAACAAGAUCAUGACGAUUUUCUACCAUCCCUACAAACAAAUGAGCGCUUUACCUCGAAUCCUGGGCCUGUCAGCCUCUCCAGGGAAUUCAGAUGUAUCUAGCCUCCAGGAGCUGGAGAUCAAUCUCGACAGCAGGUGUAUGGCUCCAAAUAGACACUAUAAGGAGCUGCUAGAUUUUACCAACCGUCCGGAGAUCCGCAUCUGCUGCUUCUUAGAUGGAGGUUGGUUAUGCAAAACAACCGAGCCUCAGCUAUUGAGUCGACUGCGUGACAUGGUCGAACGUGCGAGUGAAAGUCACCAUGCAUCAAAGACCUCGCAGCUUCGUCGAUUUUUACGGAGGUCGGAAGCUUUAUAUCACGAGCUCGGCAGCUGGGCUGUGGCUGAGUAUAUGUUCACCUCUAUCAGGCACUUUAAAGAGCACCAGCGCUCGCAUGCUGAGACAAGUUGGUCUCCUCAUGCUGUCAAAGACUUUACCAUGCAGAUGGUCUGCGAUCUUGGCUGUCUGGAGCAGCCCCAAUUACCUAUCGUACCCGCUGAUCUGUCCCCGAAAUGCCGGGAGCUCCUCGAGACUUUAUCCCGUCUGGCAGAUUGUGACUUUCAUGGGCUAAUUUUUGUGGAUCAACGAGCAACGGUGAUAAUACUAAAGUCGCUCAUCGAGCGAUAUCCUGGUAUCAAAUAUCCCUUACGCUGUGGAACUUUUAUUGGCAUGUCAAGUAUUCACGGUCGAAGGGACCUUGAUAUCUCGCACGCUGAAAUCCACGGCCAGGAAGAAACACUAGCCAAGUUCCGUAUGAGAGCCUUGGAUCUUAUCAUCACCACAAAUGUAAUGGAAGAGGGAAUCGACAUUCCUGCAUGCAAUACUGUUAUCAGCUUUGACCGGCCUCGCAGUAUUAGGUCUUUCGUUCAACGACGCGGGCGGGCUCGCCAAGGAAAAUCCACCUUUAUCAUAUUCCCGGAUGAUGAACAGGAUGAGGAAGAGUUGAAGAAGCUUAUAGAGGCUGAAGACGGGCUGGAAAAGGCAUAUCGAGAUGACACACGAGCUGUUUCAAAUCUGCCAUGCGAGGCAGAGUCUUAUCCGUCACUAGUAGUGGAAAGGACAGGCGCUCAGCUGGGCAUGCUGGAUUCUGCGAGCCAUCUGAACAUUUUCUGUGCGAAAAUACUUAAACAACCAUAUACUAUCAACAGACCCAUAUACCGCUACCAGGAACGUCCUAAUCACCAAAUUCGAGCCACAGUUCUCUUACCCAGUGCCUUACACCCGUCUCUUCAAGAAAUCGAUGGCUUAAGCUGGUGGUCUAGUAGGAAGCUCGCGAAUGCCGACGCUGCACUGCAAGCAUAUAAGGCCUUGCGGGCGGCAGGCUUGGUGAAUGAUCAUCUACUACCCACAAAGCCCGCUGAUCUUGUUGACUCGGCCCUACUUUCUUGCAAAGGUUUCCACCUUCUACCUGAGCCAAUAAAUCCUUGGGCUGAGCUGGCUGCUCGAUGGGAUUCGGGUGAAGUGAGCCUGUACGCUCACCGUUUGCAGAUCCAACACCCACGAAAGGAUAUCCUCGAGUUGGUGAUAAUAAUUCCAUUGCAGAUCAAUAUGCAAGCCCGUUUCCCCUUAUUUGUGGAUGAUAAGACAACAACAAUGGUCCACCUAUGGCCGGGCUCACUGGUCGCCGCUGACAUUCAAACCCGAACGCUCUACCGUCAAGUCACUCAUUUGAUCCUUCAGUCUGUACAUGGAGGCCUGCUGCAAUAUAAUCAUCAAAUGGACUUUGUAGCGCUAUUUGUUCCAGAUUCUGCACCAACCGCGAUGCAGGCAUUCUUGGAUGCAUUUUCUGGCAGCCUUCGCCUCAAUGAGGCUUUGAAGACGGUUCACCGCACAUGUGGACCAGGACUUCUGCGUGACUCAACACGGCCCCUCUACCCAUGGAUCAUGAAUCCGUGGCCCUCAGAUCACUCCUGUGGUAUUGAAGAGCUUCAGGGACACAUAUACCCUCUACCUCGCAGAAGAAACUUUCUUUCUCGAUGCCCACCAGGAGGGUCGACAUCGGCAUAUCCGGCACCAACCCAUGAAGCUAAAAAGACGGUCCUCAAUGAUCAAAGCCUGACGGUGGAUUGCUUGCCCUUUAGAUGGGCAGAAUUGGCUCUCUAUAUUCCCAGUAUCACCCAUGAAAUUGGUACACAUAUGGUGGCCGAACAACUACGGGAAAAGGUCUUAUCGGGCAUGGAAUUCCACAGAAUAGGCCUUCUUUCCUUGGCUAUUCAACCUACUUGCUCCGAGAGGCCUGCUCGUUUCCGGUCUCUGGCUUUUGUGGGUGCUACUUUUCUCAAAUAUAUCAUUAGCGAGCAGUUGUUCCUCCAUCACUAUGCCUGGCAUGAAGGCCUACUAUCUAAAGUCAAGGAGGCUGUUAUCUCGGACUGUGGGCUGGCCCAAGCGGCCAAAAUGUGUGGCCUUGGGAGAUUCCUUAUCACAAGGCGGUUCAGCGGGAAGAAGUGGGAAUCCAUUUGGAUCUCUAGCCUACUUUCACCACGGAGCUUCGCGGAGCCGCGGAAGGUCAGCACAAGGACGCUAGCAGAGAUGGUUAGAGCGAUUGUGGGGGCUGCCUAUGUGGAUGGUGGCAGUAAACAAGCAGCAGACUGUGCUGCAGCUAUUAUACCGGCAAUUAAGACCUGGCAUGCUGCAGCACUUAGUGAUGGCAGCUUUGAGCAGAUUCGGCGGAGCUCCAUGGUCUCAUAUCCUUUGGCACUUGGCGAGACGGAAAAGUUACUUGGGUACACAUUUACAGACCGUAGUCUGCUGGUGGAGGCCUUGACGCAUCCUUCUCACUACGGGUCCGGAUUGACUCGGACUAGUGCCUACGGGCGACUCUCCUUCUUAGGCGAUGCUGUGCUUGAGCUAGUGGUGACCCAAACUCUGCUCUACGCUCCGAAAAGAACCUUGGAGGUAGAUCGCUUGCAAAGUCUUCGAGCCGCUGUCACUAAUCAUCUAUUCUUGACCUUUCUGUGCUUGGAGUUCCAUUUGGAUAUUAAUGCUGAAGGAGAUGUCUCGCUGCCAACCCUUAGCCGGACGGUGGAGCCCCAAGAUGAGGUCUAUUUGUGGACCUUUUUACAAUCGCAUAGCCAUGAGCUGACAACUGCUCUGGGCACAUUUCGAUCAGCGUCCCGGCAUGAUUGCUGGAAGAUUCAACGAGCCUUCUUGAGGAAUGAACGAUACCCUUGGGCUGAGCUAGCCGCAAUGAGUGGCCACAAUGUCCUGAGUGAUAUUGUUAAGAGCGUGAUUGGGGCGGUGUUUGUGGAUUCUCGAGCUAGCCUGAGGGAUUGUCAGCGUCUGGUGGGUAGGCUGGGAAUUCUCAGUCGUGUGAAGCAAUUACUCCGCAAUAGCGUGGUCACAGACCAUCCGACGGUCUUGUUACACAAGUUGUAUCCCGAGGCAAAGAUAUUCUUCCAGAGCUACACUACGCCCACAUUAGAAAACAAAUUCUGCUGUGCGGUCUGGUUGAAUGACGAGAAGACUGUUGAUUGCACGGGGUAUCCCAGCCGGGAAGCUGCCAUGAUAUUUGCUUCUCAGGCUAUAGCUAGGCUUCAUCAAGAAAGCCUAAAGGCUAGUAACGGCCAAGAAAUAUAG